AAGCUUUCAAUUCAAGCUCUUAUUGUACAACAACUUCACACGGCAUUCAAUAUUUUGAUGCUUUGAACUCUUCCAUGCAUUACCUAGGCCUUCAAUCAUGACAGACAUCACUCCCGAGUUCAAUAAACUGUUGAUGGGGCUUAAUGCCCCUCCAACAGUUGAUCCUUCUUUAACCCUUCAAAAUAUUGAUGAAUUCUUAAAGGAAGCUUAUCGAAUAAAUUCACAUAUAGCUUCAUUGAAUAGCUACCUAAAAGAUAUUCGACAAUCCUACCUUUCAACAACAGCACCUCCCGCAAGAAGAACGCAUACAUCCAAGACGAAACAACGAAGACAUCUUACCGAUCGACAAAGAGAAGAAAUCGAUGCCGAAACUAAAAAGUUAUUACGAGAAUUGAAUUUCAAUAUAAGGAGUAUGGAUGAGGCAGAAGGAAUACGAUAUACUACCGAAACACUCAUAAUACAAAAUAAAUAUGCGAGAGCUCUUGGAAGAUUUGGAAAUUGGGCAGCAGGAGGAGGAGAACAAUCCAAAUCAUUGGAACAACAAUUGGAAGAAGCAAAAUUGAAUGCGAUUAAGAUGCAUCGAGAUAAUGUUACAUGGUAUUUACGACAAAAACUUUCGGAAUGUGGAAAACUUCAAGCUUCAAUGAUGGAGAUUAGAAUCAUGAGGGAGGUGGAAAAGAAUAAGAGUAAUCUUGCCAAAUCUCGAGCAAUGAUGCCAGAUCUUGGGAAUUUGGGAGAUUCAUCAUCAGUCAAGUUCACAUCAAACGGAGAUGCUCAUCUAGAGGCACAAUCACAUCCACAACCACAAACAUCGGAUUCUCAGUUGAGUUCGGAACAAUUACAAAUGUUGGCGGAAGAAAAUCAUGAUAUGGUAAAACAUUAUCAAAGUACCUUGGAUCAAGUCAAAACGGCAGAAAAGUCCUUGAUUGAAAUUUCGGAACUUCAAACUCGACUUUUAAACAGUGUAGCAUCACAAGCGGAACAAAUUGAAAUUCUAGCCGAACAAUCUUAUCAAACUACCGAAAAUGUUGGGGGAGGUAAUAAAGAGUUGAAAAGAGCAACGGAACGAAAGAGUACAGCCAAGUAUGUAUUCUAUGCAUCAUGUGGUCUCAGUGCUUUUUUGAUAUUAUGGGAUUUAGUGAUAUGAGUAUUAUUUAUGUAGUAAUGAAGCAUGAAGCAUGAAGCAAUGGAGUAAUGAAGCUGUGUAGUAGUGUAGUAGUGUAGCAAUGGGGCAAUGGAGUAAUGAAGCCACGAAGCCAUGGAGUAAUGAAGCAAAGUACUAGUAAAGUAGCAAUGAAGGAAUGAAACCAUGUAACAUCGAAGCAA